AUGUGUCUCUCUUUUCAGGUCACUGAUUAUCUCCAAAGGGUGAAUUUCAGGAAUCAGUUUGGAGAUGAUGUGUUUUUUGAUGAGAAUGGAGAUCCUCCUGCUUCUUAUGAUAUUAUUAACUGGCAGCUGAGAAACGGGCAGGUGCAGCAUGUGACUCUGGGUCAUUUUGCUUCUGCUGCAAACGGUGAUUUUAGGCUCAACAUCCAGGAGGAAAAGAUAGUGUGGAGGACGGGGAAAAGGGUUCCCACAUCAGUGUGCUCAAAUGUUUGUCCUGUGGGAACCAGGAGAGCUCAGAUUAAGGGAAAACCUACAUGUUGUUUUGACUGUAUCCCAUGUGCUGAUGGAACUAUAGCCAAUUCAACAGGUGCAGCAGACUGCACACCCUGUCCACAGGAAUACUGGUCCAAUGAGAGGAAAGACGAGUGCAUUCCCAAAACAACUGAGUUCCUGACGUACCAUGAGUCUAUGGGAAUAGCUCUCGCAGUUGUUUCUCUGCUGGGAGCCUCCCUGUCACUGGUCACCAUGAUGGUUUUCAUCCACUACAGAGAAACUCCUGUAAUAAAGGCCAGCAACUCAGAGCUCAGCUGUUUCUUGCUGUUUUCUCUCUUCCUCUGUUUUCUCUGUCCUCUCACUUUCAUGGGCAGACCCACAGUGUGGACCUGCAUGCUGCGACAUACAGCUUUUGGUGUGACAUUUGCUCUUUGUAUUUCCUGUGUCUUGAUGAAAACUAUUGUUGUUGUUACAGCUUUCAAAGCCACAAUUCCUGGCAACAAAGUUGCAGGAAAGUUUGGUCCUGCACAGCAAAGGAUCAUCGUUUGCUCCUGCACCAUGAUUCAAAUAGUGAUAUGUGUAUUGUGGCUGAAGUUAAAGCCACCUUUCCCUGACAUGGUUUUCAGAUACAGUAACAAGAAGAUUGUUUUAGAAUGCAACACAGGCUCUGAGGCUGCUUUCUAUGCAGUGCUGGGCUACAUAGGAAUCCUUGCAGUAGUUUGUUUGGUUCUGGCAUUUCUGGCAAGAAAGUUGCCUGAUAACUUUAAUGAAGCCAAAUUUAUCACAUUCAGCAUGUUGAUAUUCUGUGCCGUCUGGAUCACAUUUAUCCCAGCAUACAUCAGCUCUCCUGGGAAGUUCACUGUAGCUGUGGAAAUCUUUGCAAUUUUGUCCUCAGCGUUUGGCUUGUUAAGUAGCAUCUUUGCACCUAAAUGUUACAUAAUAUUAGUGAAGCCAGAGAAAAAUACCAAGAAACAUGUCAUGGGAAAAAAGAUGAACAAAAAGUAAUGAUUCAUUGUAUCAUACUCUUUAUGAGUAAAGCAGUGUUUUGUAACAUUUUAUUUAAGUUAGUGUCUAUAAAUCUGCUGUUGAAUUGAUAAAUGUUCUGUAAAUACUGUGAUGAUAAACUUCUCUAAGAUGUGCUGUGAGCAAAUCAUGAAUGUAAAUAAUUACAAAAAAAUUGUAUUGUAUAUUGUGUUUUGAAUUUUAGCUGUAAAAUAGUUCAAUGAUACACCAAGUUACAUUGGUUGUCGUUGCAUAACAACAUUCCUAUUAUUUGUAUAUAGGUGUUACUGUGCUGAUGUCAAACACAUUCAAUCCGAGCAGAUGAUCUGCUGACAAUGUCCUAGACAUAUUACUCUGACCUCUGCGACAAAUGGUGUGAUGCAAAACUGAACCAAGUAUUUAAAUGUUACAAUAAAUCAGGAAACGGAUAUCGCAAUAAGGUGUUGGCGAACAUUUAUCAAAUUAUGAUAUUAAUAUAUUUUCACAGGUGGCAACCUGGCACACUGGAUCUCUGCUGGUUUUGUCCAGUCCACUUCAUUACAUUACUUGCGUUAAGAAGCAGCGAACUGAAACAAAGUUUCAAACUGUUGUUUUUUUAAAAUUGUUGUCAAUCAACUAUAGAGAUGGAUUUAAAUACUGAAAUGAUUUGGAGAGAUUUUUUGGUUGUUAUGCACUCCUUUUCAAGCUAAAUAAAAUCCUAAUCAUUCGUC